GACUUUUGCCUGGGAAGAACCCUCCUCGACCGAUCCCAUCCCACUCUCCCAACUUAUUAAAGAUACCCUUGUCUGCUGCUCAUUGCGACUGCCUUUCCGCCACGACCUUAAUCACCCGACAACCAAAGUUUAGAUCCAGAACUGUCUUAUUUGUCCCACGCCACCCUUUAACACUCUGUUCGACUUUGUCUUCCUCCACAUCUCACACAUACAGCUACAGUCCAAAAUCAACGUCUUAUUGUUGGUUUGGCAAUAUCACCAGUAAAGAUUCACCAUCUUCAUCAAGCACCAGGCACGCCACAGCAUCCAGCUUCGUCUUAGACACUGCUAUAAACAAGCCAUCGAUACCAAGUCCACAUUCCACUGCUCAUAGAAGACCGUUCUCUCGGCUUUCAAGUCUAGACACCUGAGAUUCGUGCCGAAUAUCCACGACACUCGAUACACAAUCAGCCCAACAUGAUGGAAUCAAUGUUGCAGAUCCUCGUCCGAGGUGCACAGAUCCUCUGGGUCCUCCUCUUCACAGCACUGAUCGGCAAUGUCAUCGCCCUCAACAUCAACAGCGCCGGCUCCGCCAUGGCCGCCAUCAACUUCUCCAUGUUCGUCGCCGUCAUCAGCUGGCUGGCAGCUCUCUACGGUCUCGCCGCCGCCUUUGUCUCGGCCAUCGCCAUCCCCAUUGCCAUGCUGGCCCUCGACGGCGCCGCCAUCCUCUUCACCUUCAUUGACGCCAUUGUUCUCUCCGCCAAGCUGCGCGCGGUCAACUGCGGCUCUUUGAACAGGAGCGAUUUGCCGAGCGACUACAUCGUCUGGGGUUCCGGCGACGACGAGAAGCGCUGCCGCGAGAUCCAGGCCAGCACCGUCUUCGUGUGGUUCCUUUUCGCAAGCUUGUGCGCAGGAGGCUUCUUCACCUUCAUGAACUUCCGUCGCGGCGGCGGCUCUGUCCGCAGCUCUCGCCCUAGCAUGGCCCAGGUCGGCGUCUAAGUCUUCGACUUUCUUAGUACUGUGCGGCGCGGACUCUGCAAAUGAGAUAGAAAACACCGGGUACGGAAUUGGGCAGGGCAGCUGGGUAGGAUAUUUGGUUCACGCAAGAUUUGCGGGAGGGCCAAUGAGUCCUAACGGCGUUGGCGGCAGGUUAUUGCUUUACUUUACCUUUCACGAUGGCAUGUAGUAGUAGUAAUGAAUGACAGGAUAUGGAUAUGGGGUGACAUGGAUAUACUGUCAUGGAUACGGCGGGGCCUUCAAUGCCUUGGGAGCCGGGGCAUUGGCCACAGAGCCAUCAGCAGCUCUUUGUAGUAAAGCAACGAAUUGAUACCAUUCUACAGAA